CACAAGUCUCCGAUCAGCUGACUGGAAGAAGGGUUUUCAACACGGCGACUCAAUUAACUGUGUUUUCAAUAAUGUUUUAUUAAAAACUAUUUCCAAUUUUAACAGAUUAUUUUGUAGUUUACUGAAGUGACUUAUAUCAUCGCACCCUCCCCGUGAUCAUUUGAGCAGCCAUCAUGACAGAGUUCUGGUUGAUCUCUGCUCCUGGAGAGAAGACCUGCCAGUAGACAUGGGACAAGAUGAACAUGGCCACAAGCCAGACCAACCUGUCCACUAACCACAAGUUCAACAUACCUGAACUGAAAGUGGGGACUCUGGAUAUCCUUGUAGGGCUGUCAGAUGAGCUUGCCAAAUUGGACUCUUUCGUAGAGAGGUUUCAUGUCUACGUUUGACGUUUUACCAGAGUGUUCCGUUAAAAAAUUGAGAAAAGUGGCCCAGUACAUGGAUGAUGUUUUAGAGGACAGUCGAGAUAAAGUUCAGGAGAAUCUUUUGGCCAAUGGAGUUGAUCUGGUCACAUAUGUUACACGGUUCCAGUGGGAUAUGGCCAAGUAUCCAAUCAAACAGUCCCUUAAGAACAUCUCAGAGAUCAUGUCCAAGCAAGUGAGUCAGAUUGACAAUGAUCUCAAAGCCAGAGCUUCAGCUUAUAAUAGCCUAAAAGGGAACCUUCAGAGUCUGGAGAGAAAGAAUGUAGGGAGUCUUUUGACUAGGAGUGUGGCUGAUAUAGUCAAGAAAAAUGAUUUUGUUCUAGACUCUGAAUACCUUACUACUCUACUUGUAGUUAUUCCAAAGACUAGUUAUCCUGACUGGCAGAAGACAUAUGAAACUCUUUCUGAAAUGGUGGUUCCAAGAUCCACAAAGCUUUUAUUUGAAGACCAAGACAGUGGGUUGUUUAGUGUUACACUCUUCAGGAAGGCUAUUGAUGACUUCAAACACAAAGCAAGAGAAAACAAGUUCAUGGUGCGUGAUUUUCAGUACAAUGAAGAGGAGAUGAAAGCAGACAAAGAGGAGAUGACUCGCCUCUCCACUGACAAGAAAAAGCAAUUUGGUCCUUUGGUGCGUUGGCUUAAAGUCAACUUCAGUGAGGCUUUCAUCGCAUGGAUACACAUCAAGGCACUCCGGGUUUUUACAGAGUCAGUCUUGAGGUAUGGGCUGCCAGUCAAUUUCCAGGCCAUGCUGCUUCAGCCAAUCAAGAAGAAUGUAAAGAAACUGAGGGAGGUUCUGCAGGACCUUUACAAACACUUGGACAGCAAUGCUACUGUUAUUGAUGCAUCUAUGGACAUCCCAGGUCUGAAUCUCAGUCAGCAAGAGUACUAUCCGUAUGCUUACUACAAGACUGACUGCAACCUCCUUGACUUCAAAUAGAAUUCAAAUUCCAAUUCACUUACACAACACUUACUGUUUAUCUUUACUUUUUUUUUUUACCUCUCUGUUAGUACCUUCCUCUCACUGCCUCAUUCCUUUAUCAUUCCUGCAGAUCACUAUUUCAAAUAAGAGGCCUCAGAAUCUCACCAUAUGUGUUAUUAUUGGUUUAAUUUGUUUACAAAUGAAGGAUUUUCAGGGGUUUUAAAAUUUGUCCUUCGAGGGCAUGUGUGGUCCAACACUGAACACUCGUCUUUCGCUGAGCCCAUAAUGGCUGUGCAUUCUGUUGUUUUUAAUUUUCUGUUGGUGCUUACUCUGUGGCAUGUGCGGGUAAUGCAGUGAUUGUUUAAUUGUGUUGUUAAGGAACCACUAUGUGUGUGUUUGUCUGUGUUUGUGCUUCUGCUGUGAGAUUAAAUGUAUUUAUGUUUUUGCUGGAAAAGGUGAAAUACAUGAUCACAUGCUGAAUGUAAAGACCAAU